AUGAACGUGGCUAGAAAGGAAUUCAAAAUUGUGACGGCUUCCUUCGCCGAUAUGGAAUGGAUUAUGAAGAUGAGAGCGAUUCGAGGUCGCAAUCCUGGACAAAACGAUGCAAUAACUUAUCAAUUAGCUGAUCCAACAGGUUUCUAUGUCGGGUUGCUAAAUGGAGAAACUAUCGGCUGUGUAUCGGGAAUGAAGUAUGAAAAUUCUAUUUUCUGGGGAAAUCAAAUGGUAUUAAAAGAGCAUCGCGGUAAAGGCUAUGGAAAGAAGCUAUUUCAGCAUGUGUAUAAUUACGUCAAGGAUUUCAAAACUUCAGGAUAUGAUACACUGACUUGUGAUGCAGAUAUUUAUGCACACCUUGGUUUUAAAGCCUUCCAUCAUACUACGCGAUAUGUUGGAAUAGUUGACAAACUGCAAACUCAUUGCCGUAAUAUCGUUGAUGCCAAGAAAGUCCCAUUUGAGAAACUUUUAGAGUACGAUGCACGUCACUCUCCCGAUCGCCGAAAAUACUUUCUUGCUGCGUGUCUAAAUGUAGGAACAGAUCGUGCUUUUGUCUAUUUGGAUAGUAACAGAGAUAUUCAAGGAUUUGGUGCCAUUCGUAAAGCUGUUGAUGGUUAUAAAAUUGCACCUUUAUAUGCACAAAGUAUGGAUAUAGCUGAACGUUUAAUUUACGGUUUGACAGCAACGUUCGAAAAUUGUAAGGUAAUGAUAGAUAUACCAACGCCUAACGAAAGUGCUAUGAAACUUAUCGAAAAAUUACAAUUACAAGCAACGUUGAAUACUGUAAGAAUGUAUCUCAAUCGGCCCUUCACAUACGAUGUGAACUCUGUUUAUGCAGUCUCUUCGUUGGAAAUUGGAUGA